AUGAAGGCUCGGCACGACACCGUCUCCCUUUGUCGCACUUUGCCACGAUGCAAUCACCUCUCAUCUCGGAAGCGACUCACCGCAGCCCGUCUCGACGACGCCUCAUUUCGACGGUACCUCAUUCCGGAAGCCCCGCCGCGGCACGGCUCCAACCUCGGUCCAUCGAAAACUCGCCACGGCACUUGGAGCUCGCCACGGGAACACCUCGCUACGGCGCUAGGAGCUCGCCGCGGCAACACGUCGCCGCGACCAAAAACCGCCAUAGCUUCGACACGACGGACUCACACGGCAUUUCAACUCCGAUCUAGAUCAAAAGCAGCCCGUUUCGGAAGAAACUCACCUCGGCGCCGUGUCGUCAAACUAAAGGUCUACCACGGCCAAGGCAUUAACCACGCCGCCUCAUCACGGCACAGCCCCGGCCUCGCCCAACAAGCUCGUCUCCGUCCCGCCUCGUCACGGCGCAGCCCCGACCUCGCCCAAACAAGCUCGUCUCCGUCCCGCCUCGUCACGGCGCAGCCCCGACCUCGCCCCAUCGCAAGUCCGUCUCGGCAGCGUCGCGUCAACCCUUCGUCACGACCCCGCUGCGGCACGGCGUUAAAGCACCAAGAUCCGCCGAGAUCAAGUUCGCCACAGUAUCAUCACGCUUCCGCUGGUCUCAGGACGGCGAGCUCGCCGUGGAUCUAG